CCAGAGGUUUAAUUUGAAAACUCCUUUAACAGUUGGUCCUAAGGUGGCUGCCCUGGCUUCCCACCCUGGGUCAGGGGUCCCUCCCAUGAUGGAGGCCCCAGCCCCAACCCCUCAACCACGCAUUCUGGGCCGCAGGUCCAUGUUCCGGUUUUUCCAUAGUUUGGCCAGCAGCACGGGCAGCCGGAGGAGCCCCAGACAGGCUCCUGUACAGGAUCAGGGGGCUGGCACACUGAUGCUGGGCUGCCAGGGAGGAAGAGGGAGGGAACCAGGGCCAACUGCCACCCUUCCCAGCACCCUGUCUGUGGCUAGGCCCCAGGGCUUCACACAUCUGCCACGGCAUAACCCUUUGGGGUUGGCCAUGGAAGACAUGAGAGCCCAGACCCCCGACCCCAAGGAGGUCCUGAGGGUGGCAGCCCAGGCUGUGGAGGCGGUGCUCGCCCUGCCCACGGGGAGCCAGGGAACGCUGGACAACCUAUCCAAAGAGGGGCAGGAAAAGCAGCGGCCAGCAGGGGAGGCCCCCGGAGACAUGGUGGCCCCAGACAGGAGCUGCUUGGCCUGGGCCCUGGAACUGGAGCCAGAAUACCUGCAAGGGGCUUGGGGGCCAGCGGAGGACUGUACAGGGGACGAGAAGGACCACCUGCUAGACGAUGACCCCGGCCUGGCCUCUUCCAAGGCAGGGCUGACACCCUGGAACCGCCUCCUGCGUCUGUACAAGCAGCUUCAGAGAUCAGCCACGGUCAAGGUCUGCUGUGGGGCCGAUGUCGGCUGCGGGGAUGGGGUGUCUCGUGUGCAGGAAGCCUUGCUCCAUGAGGAAGAGAAAAUGGAGGACGAGAACAGCUCCCUCCAACUCUGUGUCCCACGCAUCGUCACCCUACAGUCACCGCUGAGGAAGGCUUUUCGGCUCACCGACACAGUGGGUUUUGGGGAAUCUGAAUUGAAGAAGCUUCUGGCAGAACAGCAAGAGUCCUGCCUCUGGAAGCUGGGGAGCCGGGAGCACCAGGAGCACCAGGAGCUGCUGAGCUGGCCCGGGAGCACGCUGGAGGAAGGGGUCAUGAAGGGCCAGCCAGGCCUGGGGGUGCCUGAGCAGCAUCGGGAACUCUGA